CGAGGAAGGAGUGAAGGAGACGUGUCUGUCUGUGAGGCGCUGGGUGCACUUCCCCAGGUCUCUGGGCUAGGAAGGCAGCGGCUAGGUGCCUCUCCAAGUACCCUUUGCGGGCCCAGCCGAGCAGCGUGGGGCGAAGGCGGCGGCGAAGGCCCGGGCUGGGAGCGUUGGCGGCCGGAGUCCCAGCCAUGGCCGAGUCUGUGGAGCGGCUGCAGCAGCGAGUCCAGGAGCUGGAGCGGGAACUUGCCCAGGAGAGAAAUCGGCGGGUCCUGGGGAGCGGCGAAGGAGGGGGCGGACGGGUCCGCAUCGAGAAGAUGAGCUCAGAGGUGGUGGAUUCGAAUCCCUACAGCCGCUUGAUGGCAUUGAAACGAAUGGGAAUUGUAAGCGACUAUGAGAAAAUCCGUACCUUUGCCGUAGCAAUAGUAGGUGUUGGUGGAGUAGGUAGUGUGACUGCUGAAAUGCUGACAAGAUGUGGCAUUGGUAAGUUGCUACUCUUUGAUUAUGACAAGGUGGAACUAGCCAAUAUGAAUAGACUUUUCUUCCAACCUCAUCAAGCAGGAUUAAGUAAAGUUCAAGCAGCAGAACAUACUCUGAGGAACAUUAAUCCUGAUGUUCUUUUUGAAGUACACAACUAUAAUAUAACCACAGUGGAAAACUUUCAACAUUUCAUGGAUAGAAUAAGUAAUGGUGGGUUAGAAGAAGGAAAACCUGUUGAUCUAGUUCUUAGCUGUGUGGACAAUUUUGAAGCUCGAAUGACAAUAAAUACAGCUUGUAAUGAACUUGGACAAACAUGGAUGGAAUCUGGGGUCAGUGAAAAUGCAGUUUCAGGGCAUAUACAGCUCAUAAUUCCUGGAGAAUCUGCUUGUUUUGCGUGUGCUCCACCACUUGUAGUUGCUGCAAAUAUUGAUGAAAAGACUCUGAAACGAGAAGGUGUUUGUGCAGCCAGUCUUCCUACCACUAUGGGUGUGGUUGCUGGGAUCUUAGUACAAAACGUGUUAAAGUUUCUGUUAAAUUUUGGUACUGUUAGUUUUUACCUUGGAUACAAUGCAAUGCAGGAUUUUUUUCCUACUAUGUCCAUGAAGCCAAAUCCCCAGUGUGAUGACAGAAAUUGCAGGAAGCAGCAGGAAGAAUAUAAGAAAAAGGUAGCAGCACUGCCUAAACAAGAGGUUAUGCAAGAAGAGGAAGAGGUAAUCCAUGAAGAUAAUGAAUGGGGUAUUGAGCUGGUAUCUGAGGUUUCAGAAGAGGAACUGAAAAAUUCUUCAGGUCCAGUUCCAGACUUACCUGAAGGAAUUACAGUGGCAUACACAAUUCCAAAAAAGCAAGAAGAUUCUGUCACUGAGGUAACAGUGGAAGAUUCCGGUGAAAGCUUGGAAGACCUCAUGGCCAAGAUGAAGAAUAUGUAGAUAAUGGACUGGGAUAUAUUUUAUUUCUCAUGUUAAAGCCUCUUCCCUUGAAAUUAAAAAAAAAAAAAAAUUUAACUGAUAAAACUUAGGGCAACAUUUAUUAAUGUAUAUUCUUACCUGAAUUGUUAUACUUUUUGAAAAUCCUGUGACUUGCCUAUUUCUCCCCGCUCUAGUGAAAUCAUUAACUCUCCUAAAAUGUAUGUUUCAUUCUAGUAAGAAAACCUCAAAGGAUAUUGUAGGAUAUAAAUCUUACUUGAAAACACA